ACUUUUCACUAACUUUCUAAACAUUUCCCCACGCAGAUUUCUGACCACAAUCCAAUCGUAGGAUCCAAAAGACCGCAAUGGAUCCAUCGCCUGUUCCUCCUCCUCCUCCUCCUCAUGUCGUCAUCUUUCCUUUAGCUGCUCAAGGCCAUGUCAACUCCAUGCUCAAGCUUGCCGAGCUCCUCGCCCUGUCCGGUCUCCACAUCACCUUCAUCAACUCCGAGCACAUCCACCAUCGCCUCCUCCAGCAUGCCGAAGUCCAAGCUCGUUUCGAUGACUACCCGUACUUCCGAUUCAAGACCAUAUCGGACGGCCUCCCGAUGGACCACCCGAGGCCUGGUGACCACUGCUUGACCACCUUCAAUUACAUCAAGAGCAUAACCAAGCCACUCUUCGAAGAGUUGGUGGACGCUCCUGGUCAGCCGGUGACCUGUAUCAUUGCGGACGGGAUGUUCACCUUCACCAUCGAUAUUGCUCGGGACCUCGGAGUUCCCAUCAUUGCGUUCCGCACGAUCAGCGCGAGUUCCUUUUGGGCUUAUUUCUGUAUUCCACGCAUGAUUGAGAAUGGAGAUCUCCCCAUCAAAGGAGACGAAGACAUGGACCAUAUCGUGACGAGCGUGCCAGGCAUGGAGGAUAUCCUCCGGUGCCGAGACCUGCCGAGUUUCUGCCGAGUCUCCGACCUCUCCGACUGGCUCCUCCAGUACGUGACGACUCAGACCCUCCAGACCACCCGAGCCCGAGCCCUCAUCCUCAACAGCUUCGACCAACUGGAGGGCCCCGCCAUUUCCCAAAUUCGAACCCACAUCCCAAACAUCUACACGAUCGGUCCUCUCCACUCACACCUCAAAUCAAGACUGUCGUCGGCGCCGUCGUCCCCACCACCGCCGUCUGCAAGCAACAGUCUGUGGGAAGUCGACCGUAGUUGCAUCUCGUGGCUCGACGAGCAACCUCCCAAGUCGGUCAUCUACGUGAGCUUCGGGAGCAUCACGACCCUCAACAGACACGACUUCGCGGAGUUCUGGCACGGCCUCGUGAACAGCGGGAGGCGCUUCCUGUGGGUCGUGCGGCCAGACUCCCUAGCCGAAAGCGGCCCCGGCGCCGUCCAGGAGGAGCUGAGGGAGGCGACGGCGGAGAGGGGGUGUGUCGUGGGGUGGGCCCCGCAGGAGGAGGUCCUGCAGCACGGUGCCGUCGCGGCGUUCCUAACGCACAGCGGGUGGAACUCGACGCUGGAGAGUGUGGUCGCAGGGAAGCCAAUGGUGUGCUGGCCGUUCUUCGCGGACCAGCAGGUGAACAGCCGGUUCGUGAGCCGCGCGUGGAAGCUGGGGCUCGACAUGAAGGACGUAUGCGACCGGGUGGUGGUGGAGAGGAUGGUCAACGGAGUGAUGGGGGAGAGGAAGGAGGAAUUCGCGGCGGCGGGCGCCGAAAUGGCGAGGAGGGCGAGGGAGGCAGUGAGCGAAGGUGGGUCCUCGUGGGAUAACCUGGACCGCUUGAUUGAGGACAUAAGAUCCAUGAAGACGGGCAGCUGAAGUCGAGAGGGACAACGAGUUCAGAUACUCUGCAGAGAAGAUGGCAAAGCUCGUCAGAACAAGUUCUGGCUUCGGAGGCUCGUCCUAUCGCCACCGAGAGAGGUUGAUUAUGGAUAUCAAGCACAUGGCAGCUCAUCAAAAUCGGAUUCCCAAUUGAAAAUAUUGAUGAAAUAUAUUUACUCGAGA